AAACUUUUGGCACGCGUUCAUGUCUAAACCGAGUUGAAAUGGCGUAUGCGCGUGAGGUGUAUGAGUAUAACACCAGUGUCAUCAAAGGCGCUUUUCGUCCGAAUUUGGUGCAGAGAUUCGCAAAGGUGGCUGAAAGUUUUGAAGAUCAAAAAGUCAACGAAAUUUGGGAAAUCAUGAAGUACAUGGUCAAUAUAGCACCAGUAUCAAAAAAUCGCGAUCCCAUACAAAAUCGCACACAAAUAACUCAAUUUAUUGACCAAGCCAGAAAAUAUUUGGAAAAUAGAUAUAAAUUAUACAUGUCGACAAUCAUUAGCAGCAAUUUACGCGAAGCUCAACGUGGGGGCGUGCCAAGUACAUUUAAUUUAGUUUCUUCGUUUGUAGGUCUGACUUUCAACCAAGCGAACUGUUUUGGCUUGCAGGACGCGAGUAUUGACAACAAACCACUCUGGCCAAUGGUAUACUUUUGUUUACGUUGUGGUGAUGUGCAAUCGGCGCUACGUUGCAUGCAAAUGGGCGGUGCGGGACACGAAGAUUUCAUACAAGUACUGGAAGACAAAAUAAACAAGCCAGAACAAAAGAUUAAUUCCAAGUUAGAAGGCCAAUUAAGAUUACAUUAUUGCAAUAAAAUAAAAAAUUCUACUGAUCCAUAUAAGAAGGCGGUUUACUGCAUAAUAGCAGGAUGCGACAUUAACGAACAACACUUAGAAGUUGCCAAAACUACCGAUGACUUUCUCUGGAUUCAACUCUCCUUACUACGCCCAGAGUCCAAUGACAACACCGAAGUGCUGACCUAUUCUGGCCUACAAACAAUGAUACUUGAAAAGUAUGGCGAGAAGCAUUUCAAUGCCAGCGAACAGCGGCACCUGUACUUCCAAGUUCUUGCAUUGACCGGUCAAUUCGAGGCAGCUAUUGAGUUCCUAGCACGCACUGACCAAUAUCGCACGCAUGCUGUUCAUAUUGCAUUGGCGUUGAACGAGAUGUUCCUUAUCGGAGGGCCACGUAAUGUGCAAGAGCCAUUGUGUACGUAAUAUUCAAAUUGUACUGCGACUUUUUUCAGUUUUUACAUGACUUUU